GUGCGCGCGGCGGCCGGGAGUCGGGGCGGGCGCGUCCUCGGCCUGGGGUCAGCCCGGUCGUCGGGGGCGCCCCCUGGAGGCUCGCGGGGGGCAGGAAAGGAGGGUGUGGCCGAUUGAUGGCGGGCGGAAUACGUGUGGGCAGGCACGGUCGGUGGAUGCCCGGGGGAGGACGCAAAUCGCACGGAGUCCACAAGUGUCCUGUUAAAGAAUGAAUAUUCCCAUGCUGCUCCUGCAUCCUCACCAGCGAUGCCUUCUAAGAUUAGCACCUUUCUGUCGGCACCACUUUGCUGUUCACUCAAGUACUCAUCUUGGGUCAGGAAUCCCUUGUGCUCUGCCACUCAAGUAUCUUGGACCUCAUUGUACGGAGCGGAUGCUGUUGUCAAAUGGUUUAAGGAGAACAUUAUGUGUACAAGCACCCUUAAAGGACAACACAGAAGCACUUUCUGAUAAGGAACAAAGAUUUGUGGAUAAACUUUAUACAGGUUUAAUCCAUGGACAAAGAGCUUGCUUAGCGGAGGCCAUCACUCUUGUCGAAUCAACUCACACCAGGAAGAAGGAGUUAGCCCAGGUGCUCCUUCAGAGAGUGUUAGUCUACCACCGAGAACAGGAACGGCUAAACCGAGGGAAGCCCCUAGCAUUCCGAGUAGGAUUGUCUGGGCCCCCUGGUGCUGGAAAGUCAACCUUUAUAGACUAUUUUGGGAAAAUGCUGACUGAGAAAGGGCACAAAUUAUCUGUGCUAGCGGUAGAUCCUUCUUCCUGCACCAGUGGCGGGUCCCUCUUAGGUGAUAAAACACGAAUGACUGAGCUAUCAAGAGAUAUGAAUGCAUACAUCAGGCCUUCUCCUACCAGUGGGACUUUAGGCGGUGUGACAAGGACCACAAAUGAAGCUAUUCUGCUGUGUGAAGGAGGGGGAUAUGACAUCAUUCUUAUUGAAACUGUGGGUGUGGGGCAGUCGGAGUUUGCUGUCGCUGACAUGGUUGACAUGUUUGUUCUGCUGCUGCCACCAGCAGGAGGAGAUGAACUGCAGGGUAUCAAAAGGGGUAUAAUUGAGAUGGCAGAUCUGGUUGUUAUAACUAAAUCUGAUGGAGACUUGAUCGUGCCAGCCCGAAGAAUACAAGCAGAGUAUGUGAGCGCACUGAAGUUGCUCCGCAAACGCUCCGAAGUCUGGAGACCAAAGGUAAUUCGAAUUUCCACCAGAAGUGGAGAGGGCAUCAGUGAAAUGUGGAUUCUAAUGAGAAAAUUCCAGGACCUGAUGCUGGCCAGCGGGGAGCUGACCACCAAGCGGCAGAAGCAGCAGAAAGUCUGGAUGUGGAACCUUAUUCAGGAAAAUGUCUUAGAGCAUUUCAAGACUCAUCCUGCUGUCCGAGAACAGAUUCCUCUGAUGGAGAGAAAGAGGGUGUUUCUUCUCAGGAGUCAGAAGCAGAGAAAGCUGAGGGGGAGAGAAAAGACCAUACACUGUCAAGUGGCUGCUUUGAGUCCAUGUUCUCUGAAUUGCUGGAGAAAGCAGAAGCCCGAGUGACCACAUUCCUGAAGUCUUAUUUGAGGCCCAAACAACACACAGCCGGUUUCUGAGAACUGACAGUCAUGUCGGCAUUUAGUGCACCACAUUACUGUAAGAACUCUGAAAUGACCAUGCAUUCUUGUAAGAAAACAGCUGAAACAACGUGAAUUCAGUUUUAAAGUCUGUUUGGCUAGACUUGCAGGUGUGUUCAUUACUUUUCUGUCGCUGUGAUAAAACACCAUGACCGGAGGGGGAGU